CAAGCAAUUUCAUUACCCUUUUGACGAUACCAGAAAGAGGAUCCAAAAUACGUUAUAGAGCCAGAUAUUUCGUAAACAAGCAUUUAUAACCGUAUUUUCAUCAUCCUCUGCAGCAAAAACAACAAGAUAACUAACCAAUUCCAAGCAGCGUGAAUAAGAUUCAUUUAAUUGAACUGGUGCUUUCUGAAUAUUUUUCUAAACUAGCAACAGAGAAAAAAACAUACAUGGCCACCUCAAGUUCUGUGAGCCCCGGGUUUGUUUCUUGUCCUGGGAGUUUUGUUGACCUUACAGAUCUGAAAUGCGUGGACCAACUGCUCGUCUCACAACCAUCCAAAGAAGCGCAAACGAUGACAGGAGACACGGACAACAGACAACACCCGUUCCUGCACCACUUAGAUGGCGAGCACGUGGAAUGGAGAGACUCGCGGGAUAACGGCGUUCUCGACUUAGCGGUUGGACAAUACACAACCCGUCAUACAGAUGGGGGCGUUGACACCAAUGCCCUGAGACGGGAACGGAGGAGAAAACAAAACGAUUUUUUCCGUACCUGGUGGGAGGACCAGAAGAAAGCUUCGGUUGACUUCUGCGAAUUGAAUGUUUCUACUUCUUGCGCACAAACCCAGCAGAUUGCCGAUUUCGAAGAAACGGCGGAGAAAACAGAAAUAGACAUUGCUGUUUUUGACCCCGUCACCGGUACUCGGUAUUCUGUUAAAGGAAUCCAGCCACACGAGAUGCCUGUCAUAGGCUUCUAUAUCGAUCCGCGCAUACUUCCCGGCUUCACCUACUUGGUGCGCCCGAACGGUUCAAAGCGUCCGCUGUUCAACGGCCAAGCGCUGCCCUUAGUGAGCAUAGGGAUGGGCUACGGGAAGCGGAUUACGUUCAAGGGAGAGACCUGCAACACCAAUACCCACUUCUUCUGGUCUGACAGCCGCCCAGAGGGCUACGCGUUCAGCCUGCAGGCAGUUGUUCCCGGUGACCAGUUCCUGGUACAGGACAAGCGCGAAUGUGUUAUCGGCCACGCCUUCGUCAACCGAGUUGAUCCAGCACAGUUGGAAACGUUCACCGCGACAUCUGGAGGCACCACUGAGAAGAGGGUCCAGGUGACUGCCUGGUGCACCAUAGAUUUUGGCAGCUGGAGCCAGACGAAUGUUUACGUCACCGGUGUUGCUCAUGUUGUGAAGAAGAAGGGUAACAGAGAAGCGACAACGUUAAAGGUGGAGGGAGUUGAUCUUCCGAGCGUCGGCGCGUGUAACUUGGUGUCCAGAGAGUAACCACGUGUGGCGUACUCGAGUUGUAGGUACUACGUGCCCUCUGCAGGUGUUAACACACGCUGAGCUUCAAAUAUGUAUCAGCGGAACACCGCACCUUCUAUCAGUAUUAAAACUCCGCGAAUCUUAAUUUAAAAGCAUUUUAACUUCAGCAGCAGCUUAAAAAGCCGGUGAUCAAUAGACAGUUUUCAGUAUAUUUGAAGAGUGAUGAGAUUAAUGCGGAAAAGUUCAAUUUACCGUACUUUCCGGGAAAGAAUUUUGUUUAAAGGAGUAACGGCCUUUUUAUCAUAAUGAAUGUAACCGCAUACCGCUUCCUUUCAGUGUACUGCUCUAGUCGAGCUUCAGUAUGAGAUCAAUAUUUCUAUAUAUAGCUUUUCGGCACAUUCCGUUAAUGAGAAAAUGUUGUUAUAUGCAUACUGGUGCUUCAUAUGAGUUUAUGUGUACUGUAUGCCUUGUUGGCGGUUUGGAGAUAUUUUAACGUUUCACCUUGUACGCGGUUUAUCAUACUAUUUUCGUUUUUAUGUACAUAAAUUUGAUUACAAUAAAUUGUUAUCUAUAAACUGCAAGUGUAUGUUUGCUCACAAUAGCUGAUGCUGUUAAGUGUAUUCUUUGUUUCCAUCAACCUUGAAAGUGACGUAAAUGUUUUUCGGUGGAGCCAGUUUAACAUGCUUUUCGAGCGUGCACCUUUUGCUUGUACUUUAAACCUUACUGCAGACACGAGCGCACGUGAAGAUCGAGUGAUCAUUGAGGUUUUCGUGCUAUCUAAAAUAAAGAUUACCCAUUAAAAAGUUUCCAAUCUAAAUAUAGACACCUGCACCCGUAGCCUAUUUGGUAGGCCUAUAUAGGCAAUAGACUUGGACAAAGCAUCCGGUAUACUAUAAAAUCACAAACCGAUUUCUAUUUGAUUAGUGUGAAAAAUAUUUUGUCUGAUCAUAAUGAUCCGCAUAAGGUCGCAGGAUAAAACAAACUUCGGUUGUUGAUAAGCGACACAAUAAUCUGAUCAAACUGCCCUCAAUGUCUUUUUGAACGCAAUUCGUCUUGGUUCUGGUCAGUGGGAUGUGAAAGUUUUUCUUAGUGAUCUAAUGGUAAUUGAUGUUUUGGGGCGACAGCCAGAUUUCAGUAUGUCACAAGGGGCAGGUCGACGCGCCGUAGAAGCGGUAGUUUUGUUAACUGUAACAACGCCCUUACGUAAGUACGAGACUAACAAGUAUCAUGUCGCUUGAACAUUAUCAUAAAUGAACUUCAGAGCCCAAGCUCAACAGCGUGUGCGCCAUAACAGUUUCACAGGGUAUAUACACAGCGUGAAAUGAAACUGAAAGUUAUAUGUAUAUGGAUUUUACGAACGAGAAUCUGAAGCUCUCGAGUGCCGACUACAAGCACAACUAAGAAAAAAAGGAGGGGAAGGGAGAGUCCCUAAGGGUACGUUGAAGAUGGUGACGGACGGAUGCUUGAACAUGCUUUCUAAAACGAGUUUAGGACGAUAUAGUUAAUAUAUUCCUGGCACGACUCUGGGCAGUCAAAUUAUGGUCCUAUUUUAUCAAUGCCAUCUUUAACUGAACCCUUACAGCUAGCUGAAUGGCCCAGCUCAUCACAAAAGAAAAAAAUGCUGUUUACAUUACGGGAAAAGUACAAAGUUGCUUAAAUAAGUUUGCAAAAGAUUUUUGCACUCGCUCUCUCCGUAACGCUUGACCCGUAAAUGAUAAGCCCCUCUCACAAACCAGGGCCCCACACUGCACGCUUGGAUUGCGACUCGUUACAAAACGAGCCCGAGUCCAAAACUAGGGUUGCGUGUUCACCUCUGGUAUAUCUUGCACCUGCCUCAAUAUUUCCGUUACCUAAGGUACGUUAUGGGCGAAUCAAGUAUUCUAAGCAGUGUCUUUUCAAUUAAACAUUUCUUUGGUGUGACUUACAUUUCAUGAACACUGCUGAAUUGAAAGGGUUUCUUUCUUUCUGUCUUUUUUUUUUCAAAGCAAAACUUUGUGAAUUCCCGGAUACUUUUUAAGUUAACGCAAACACGACGGAGCCUUGGGAUAAAUGAAAAAAACCUUGUCGUUGGAUGCAUACAGUGCGAUAGCAAACAAGUGGCACUGACUUAGUACUUAUCACCUUUGCAUAAUUUAUGAUUCCUCCAACUUCUAUUACUAAUAUACCAGUAAUUACAUGAUAUGCGACAGUGGAUGUGCUCGCAGUUGAAAACGCUAGUAAUAUAAUGCGUUGCUGUAGCGAAGACAACAGAAGUGUAAUGUGUUCUUAGUCUCAACAGACACAAGAUGAAUCAAAUCUUU